GCUGUGUUGUUUGUUUGCUGCUGGGGUUGGCGACAGCGACACACGAAAAAAGGGGAAUCAACGCAGACGGCGUUGAAGAUGGUGAUGAUGUGGGAGCACGCUCGCUCCUUCCUGCUCGGCGCACUGGCCGUCGUCCUGCUGCAGAAGGCAGUCUACAUCCUCUCCCCACAAAUCGGCCAACCAGAUGUUCCAAUCCGACGGAGCCGAGAUGAAGAUGGCAGUGAUGAUCCCUCCACCUACAGCGUGAUUAUUGUUGGAGCUGGCGCAGCAGGGCUUUCUCUGGCUGGACGUUUGGAGCGCGCUGGCAUCUCCUAUGUAGUGUUUGAGAAGGACGAGCCUGGCUCUGCGUGGGAGAACCGCUACGAUCGCCUCCACCUCCACACCGUCCGCGGCAUCUCCGAACUUCCAUACUGGCGGUUUCCGGACUGGACCCCAACUUUCGUGUCGCGCAGCUUUCUUGCAAAGUAUUACCGCGCCUACGCUGCUUUCCACAACGUCAAGACACACACAGAGGAGUACACGAGCGGCAAAGAGUUUGAGGGCAAGCGUGUGCUGGUUGUUGGAUUUGGCAACUCCGGAUCUGAGAUGGCACUUGAUCUCUGGGAAUGGGGCGCACAGCCGACGGUGCUGGUGCGGUCACCCAUCCACAUGCUGCCGCGCUCGUUGACGCGCGUGUUUGGACACAUGUACGACGUGAUGCGUCCGCUGCCACCGUGGGUGCACGACAGCGGCCGCGACCUCAUCUACAGCCUCGUCUGGGGCGACCUCACGCCGUACAACAUCUCCCUGAAGAAGACCGGUUUCGUGACCGACAUUGUCGUUCACCACAAGGCGCCUGUGCAAGACAUUGGUACGAUGGCGCUGAUCAAGAAGGGCGAAAUUGCUGUCAUCAAACACGAGAUUGACCACAUUGACGGAAACACGGUGCACUUCGCGGACGGCAGCACAGGGACAUUUGACCACAUCCUGCUGGCAACCGGUUUCAAGCACAACACGGGCCCGUAUUCCAGGUUCCUUCCGUCAGAUGUCGUGGCGCAGCUGCCAAACGAACACAACGUCGUCUCCAGUGGCCAGGAGGUUCCACAUCAGAAGCGGUUGUACAUGCUCGGCUUCAACGACUACAUGGGCAGGCUCGCUGAAAUCAACCGGGAGUCUGCACAUAUCGUGAAAGACAUUGUUGCGAAGAAGUACGUGUAA